AGGAUGGAAACAAUGAAAUAUCAGAUCAGGAGCUGUAGUUUGAUCAGCAGGAGCCAGUUGAUGGUUGGACAGAGUGUCAUUUUUCUACACAGCAUCAGAGUGAAGUUGUUGGAUUUUCUUCCCAAUAAAAGUGGUUGAGAUGAUGAUGUGAUCAGCUCCUUCAUCAACAUGUGAAUGUGUAGAAAUAAAGGCCAGAGUGAGGCUGUGGUCAGAGAGGAGGAGCUUUCUUAGUCCUCAGCUGUUUCCAGGAAGCUGCUGCAGCUUCAUCAUGUCUCAUAUUAACGUCAUCUAAAGGUGCAGCAGCUGAUCUUUGCUCUUUGUGUCUCAGAGUGACGGCAGCCUGCAGACACAGAGGAGGAUUUUCUCUCAGACCUGGUCCACACAGCAGAGAGCUGCAGAGGAAGAAGCUGAGUGUUUCAGAGUGACGGCAGCCUGCAGACUCAGAGGACCGGUGACGGAGAAGCAGCCCAGGAUUUUCUCUGUUUCUGCUCAAACCCAGACAGCAGAGAUCUGGACUGGUGGGAAGAAGCUGAGUGGAGUCCUGACUGGUUCCAGGAAACAGAUCACCUGUCUGAGCGUCCAGGAGUGGACUGGAAACUUUCUUCUUCUUCUUCAGCGCUUUGAAUAAAGUGUGAAGGUAGAAAGUGUGUGUGAGCUGCUGUGAGUUGAGCAUCAUGGAUGAGUGUGAGGACAGAGAGGAGGGAGUCCCUCCCUCUAAAAGCUCUCUGUGUGGGGAACAGGAGAACCAGAGCAAAGCUCAGAGGAAUCCACCUGGACCAGGACCUGGAUCUGGACCUGGACCUGGAUCUGCAUCCAGCUGUGUGUCCUUCAAGAGUGACCGGUCUAAGGGUAAUCCUAUUAAUUUUAAAGGAGAACCAGUUCCUGCUGCAGAGAGAGUGGAGCAGCAGAACUCAGAGGUUCCCAGAGCUCAGUCUGUCCAGCAGCAUCACCUGGACUCCAUAUUCAUGCUGCUGGAGGACAACAUGGUGACUUUUGUGAAGAAGGAGCUGAAGAAGAUGCAGAAGCUUGUGAGUCCAGAUUACCCAGAAUGCUCCUCAGAGAGUCAGAGGGAGAAUGAGGAGGAGUUGGAGGGUGAUGAUGAAGAUGAGAGGAGCAGCAGAGAGAUGUUUGAGCAGAUCACAGUGUUGUUCCUGAGGAGGAUGAAGCAGGAGAAGCUGGCUGACUGUCUGCAGAGCAAACUUGCUGCUGCAGUUUGUGGACGUGAACUUAAAUGUGGUCUGAAGAAGAAGUUCCAGAGAGUGUUUGAGGGCAUCGCUAAAGCAGGACAGAAGACCCUCCUGAAUGAGAUCUACACAGAGCUGUACAUCACAGAGGGAGGGACUGCAGAGGUCAAUGAUGAACAUGAGGUCAGACAGAUUGAAGCAGCAUCCAGGAAAGCAGACAGAGCAGAAAGAAGCAUCAGAGCAGAAGACAUCCUUAAAGGCUCACCUGGAAGAGAUGGACCAAUCAGAACAGUGAUGACAAAGGGAGUGGCUGGCAUCGGGAAAACAGUGUUAACACAGAAGGUGACUCUGGACUGGGCUGAAGGCAAAAGCAACCAGGACAUCCACUUCAUGUUUCCAUUGACUUUCAGAGAGCUGAAUGUGGUGAAAGAGAGAAAGUUCAGCUUGAUGGAACUUGUUCAUCACUUCUUCAGUGAAACCAAAGCAGCAGGAAUCUGCAGCUUUGAAUACUUCCAGGUUGUGUUGAUCUUUGACGGUCUGGAUGAGUGUCGCCUUCCUCUGGACUUCCACAACAAUGAGGUCCUGACUGAUGUUAGAGAGUCCACCUCAGUGGAUGUGCUGCUGACAAACCUGAUCAGGGGGAAGCUGCUUCCCUCUGCUCGCCUCUGGAUAACCACACGACCUGCAGCAGCCAAUCAGAUCCCUCCUGACUGUGUGGACAUGGUGACGGAGGUCAGAGGGUUCACCGACCCACAGAAGGAGGAGUACUUCAGGAAGAGAUUCAAAGAUGAGAAGAAGGCCAGCAGCAUCAUCUCCCACAUGAAGAAGUCACGAAGCCUCCACAUCAUGUGCCACAUCCCAGUGUUCUGCUGGAUCACUGCUACAGUUCUGGAGGAGCUGCUGAGAAGCAGAGAGGGAGGAGAUCUGCCCAGAACCCUGACUGAGAUGUUCAUCCACCACCUGGUGGUUCAGGCCAAAGUCAAGAAGAUCAAGUAUGAAGGAGGAGCUGAGACAGAUCCACACUGGAGUCCAGACAGCAGGAAGAUGAUUGAGUCUCUGGGAAAACUGGCUUUUGAUCAGCUGCAGAGAGGAAACCUGAUCUUCUAUGAGUCUGACCUGACAGAGUGUGGCAUCGAUGUGGAAGCAGCCUCAGUGUACUCAGGAGUGUUCACACAGAUCUUUAAAGAGGAGAGUGGACUGUACCAGGACAAGGUGUUCUGCUUCGUCCAUCUGAGCGUUCAUGAGUUUCUGGCUGCUCUUUAUGUCCAUCAGACCUUCAUCGACUCUGGAAUCAACCUCCUGGAAGAACAACAACAAAUAACUUCCAACAAACCUGAUCCAACAGUUUUCUACCAGAGAGCUGUGGACGAGGCCUUACAGAGUCCAAACGGACACCUGGACUUGUUCCUGCGCUUCCUCCUGGGUCUAUCACUGCCGACCAAUCAGAAUCUCCUACCAGGCCUGCUGACACAGACAGGAAGUAGCUCACAGACCAAUCAGAAAACAGUGGAGUACAUCAAGGAGAAGAUCAGUGAGAAUGUGUCUGCAGAGAGAAGCAUCAAUCUGUUCCACUGUCUGAAUGAACUGAAGGAUGUUUCUCUAGUGGAGGAGAUCCAACAGUCCCUGAGAUCAGGACGUCUGUCCACAGAUAAACUGUCUCCUGCUCAGUGGUCAGCUCUGGGCUUCAUCUUACUGUCAUCAGAAGAACAUCUGGACGUGUUUGACCUGAAGAAAUACUCUGCUUCAGAGGAGGUUCUUCUGAGGCUGCUGCCAGUGGUCAAAGCCUCCAAGAAAGUUGUACUUAAUAACUGUAAUCUGUCAGAGAGAAGCUGUGGAGCUCUGUCCUCAGUCCUCAGCUCCCAGUCCUCCAGUGUGACAGAGCUGGACCUGAGUAACAACAACCUGAAGGAUUCAGGAGUGGAGAGUCUUUCUGCUGGACUGGAGAGUCCACACUGUAAACUGGAAGCUCUCAGGCUGUCAGGCUGUCUGGUCACAGAGGAAGGCUGUGCUUCUCUGGCCUCAGCUCUGAGCUUGAAGACCUCAAAUCUGAGAGAGCUGGACCUGAGCUACAACCAUCCAGGAGACUCAGGAGAGAAGAUGCUGAGAGCUAAAGUGGAGGAUCCACACUGUAGACUGGAAACUCUCAGGGUGACGCCUGCUGGAGUCCGAUGGUUGACACCAGGUCUGAGGAAGUAUUCCUGUCAACUCACAGUCGACACAAACACAGUAAACGGAAACCUCAAACUGUCUGACAACAACAGGAAGGUGACACAUGUGGAGAGGGGAUCAGAGGUAUCCUGAUCAUCCAGACAGGUUUGAGUGGUUUCCUCAGCUGCUGUGUAGAACUGGUCUGACUGGUCGCUGUUACUGGGAGGUGGAGUGGAGAGGAAGGGUUGAUAUAUCAGUGAGUUACAGAGGAAUCAGAAGGAAAGGAGACAGUUAUGACUGUCUGUUUGGAGGUAAUGAU